AUGAUGGCUUUCAUUAAGUUAAUUGUUGGAAAGCUUAGAAGGCAGUGGAUAACUUUUAAAAUGUCAUUUUAUUAUGGCAAAUGGUCAUUGCGACGUAAUGUCCGAUUCUUCUCUGUCUUAUCAGUGUUGGGACUGAGUAUAUUUGUUUUGUAUUAUAUACUGUUUACUAUUGAGCUGGUACCAUGGAACCCCAGAGUGGACAGAUGGUGUGAUUAUGAGGAGGCGCCGUCUUACAUGCUGAGAUCAGAUCCAGAUGAAAUGACUGUAGUCACCAUGUUUCUUGACCUCGGCUACUUCAAAAAAGGCGAAAGAGCAUUUUCCUAUCAUUCUCCUUACAAAUACAAACGAUGGAUGAGGACUUUUGGUAGAAUGGUCAACCGUGUGGUUGCUUACAUGGAGAGUGACAGUGAUAUUGAGUAUUUCAAAGAGGUUAGAGCAUGCUUGCCGCCGAGCUACACCAAAAUUAUUAAAGUUCAUAGACAUGACUUAUCAUCUUUUAAACACCUAGCAACAAUAAGACAUAUCUACUCCCGUCCAUCUUAUCCAAAGCAUCAUCCAAACACAGUGUAUGCUGAGUACUCUUGUGCCAUGCAUGCUAAAUAUGAUGUAUUAGAAAAAGCCUGUGUCGCAGACUAUUUCCAAACUCCCUAUUUUGCUUGGAUUGAUGUGGGUCUUUUCCGUAAUCUUGAUGGCACAGAUUACCCACUGUUCAAACUGAUACCACCGGAGAAGUUUCACCCAGAAAGGAUUGGGCUUUCUCAGGCGUGGCCACUUGAUCCCUCUCAUUCCCUUGAAGAAAUCAUGCAGACCAGUUUAGUGUGGGUGUCUGGAAGCAUGGUGUUGGCCACAAGAGAGCAUAUGCUGAACUUCACAAAAGAUUACAGACAAGCUGUGAAAGAACUACUAGAUCAGGGCUUGUCAAACACAGACCAAGAAGUCAUUUAUGCCAUGUACAGUGCCAAGAUGCGAAAGCCUCACUAUAUAAAAGUUAGGCCGUAUUUGUGUCACCCAGGGCAGCUGGGACUCUAUGGGGCAGACUCUCGAUACUUUUGUCUGGGUUACGUGUGCAAAAAUGCCUGGGAGAAACGAGUGCCUCAUGUGGGCGGAGCUACUGGUUAA